GUGUAGGGAGAGUGUAGUGGCCGUCAGCGGGAGGUUGGCGCCAAAAGGUUGAGUGUGAGGAGGGUGGCGCCGAGGCCGCCAGCAGUUAUGUUCCUCUCUGACGCCCGCACACAAUUCUACGACCUUAUCAAAGGCAAGCGUAUCUUGCUGCUGGUACACUUCGACAUUGACGGCAUUUGUGCUAGUAAAAUUCUUCAGUCGCUGUUUCGCUCUGAUCUCAUAUUGUACACAGUUGUUCCUGUGCAAACUCGAACUGAUCUCAUUAAUGCCGUUCAGCAACAUUCAGAACAGGUGAAACACAUAGUGCUAAUAAACUGUGGAGGUUGUGUUGAUCUUGUUGACCUUCUGCAUCCUCCUGAAGACCUAAUUUUCUUUGUUGCUGAUAACCACAGGCCUCUUGAUAUUUGCAAUAUUUAUAAUGCAGAACAGAUUCGAAUCCUGACCAAACUUGGUGAUGAGGAAGUCCCUGCUUUUGCUGAUGUAUUUCGUGAGGAUGAAAGUGAUGAUGAUGAAAGUGAUGAGGAAGGGGAGAAGAGAGGACGGUUUGAUGAGGAGGCCUUGGAAAAACGCAGAGCUAGGCGACACUGGGAGCAGCAGCGGCAUAAAAUUAUUUUUGACUACACGCAAUUUUCCUAUUAUGGAAGCUCUACUGCAACACUAAUGUUUGACCUGGCAUGGAAGCUCUCUAAAGAUUCUAAUGAAUUAUUAUGGUGGGCAAUUGUAGGUGAAACAGAACUGUUAAUGUCAGAACGAACAGAACAAGACAAAUAUUUGCUGGUAACGGCCACCCUUCAAAAUCAUGUAUCUCGUCUAAACCACAAAGCCCAAGAUGAACAACCACUAGAUUGCCUCAGAAUCACAUUUGAAAAAGAAUUGCAGCUUGCACUAUACCGUCAUUGGAGUUUGGUAGAGAGUAUGCGGCACUCACUCUAUCCUGCUACCACUCUCAGACUUUGGACCCUCAAAGGAGAAAAGAAACUACACGAGUUGUUAGCAGAAAUGGGACUUCCUUUGGCACAGUGCAAGCAGAAGUAUUGCGGCAUGGAUGUCUCCCUUCGCAAUGAGCUUCAGUCUCUACUUGAAUCUAAAGCAGAAAAAUAUGGACUGAACAACCUGCUGUUUGCCUCCUUCUCCUUAUCUCAUGGCUUUAGAAGUAAAUUCAGUGCUCUGGAUUAUGUGUAUGCCACAUCAGCUCUCUUAGAAACUGCAGAGAAGGAAAAAACCGCUACAGAUGCAUUUUUGGAUGUUGCAGAUAGCCUUAUCAUAUCUAAGCUUGUGGUUCUGGAGAAGGGUAUAGAGAGCAGUAAACAACAACUAGAGGCAAUUUAUAGACAAGUACAGACCUUCCUGGAUAUGAAUCAAGUAAUCUCUGCUGGUCCAUUCCUUUAUGCCACUGUUAUUGAGGGUACCCCAGACGCUAGAUUCUUUGCAGCGCCCCAAUGUCUGUCCCUUCUUGCACGCUUCACUUUAAAGGCACACGUUGCAAUCUCUCGCAGUAAGAAGUCACGCUCGCUACCUCUCAUCAUCACUACUCCAGAUGUUAGGUCAUCGGAGUCAAAUACAUGUCUUGUUUGUGGUAUUCCUCCAACUUCUGAAGAUUCUCCUAGAAAUUUCUUUGGAAAAGCUUUUGAGCAAGCAGCUGACAAGACAGGGUCAAAAGCAGAGUUAGAGUUCUUUGAUACAAACAUUAUCCGGCUGAGUGUAGAUGAUCGCAGCAAGUUUUUUGAUGCCCUUAUAUCAUUGUUGUGCUAGGUAUCAAAUGUUGAAGUGGCCUGUAAUGUCUCCUAUUGAAGUCAAAAGGUAUGAUGGUGAUUUAUUUAAGAAUUGAAAUAAAUCCAAAUUACUGAACUUUGUAAGUGAUCAACAAUUGGAUAACUUUUAGACAAUUAUUCACAUCCUAUUAUCUAAAUUGUGAUAAUUUUUUUAAGCUUUAUUUUAUUUGUGCCAAGUCGAUCUGGUAAUUUAUUGAUAAAUGUUAACUUGGCUCUCUUAUUGUAAAAAAAAUAUAUAUAUAUGUAUUCUAUAAUAAAAA